AUGAAGGUUCUCGCCGCAGCCAUCUUGCUCUUCGCUCCGCUCUGCCUCGCCGCUCCUCAGGGCUACAAUUAUGCAACGCCCAGCCCCCCUCCUUCCAACUUAGCCUUCGCUCUGGCUCCUGCGCAGGCUCUAGCUCCUGCCCCUGCACCUGCAUCUGCCUCUGCCUCUGCCUCUGCCUCUGCCCCUGCCCUUGCACCUGCACCUGCACCUGCCCAGGCCCCUAUGCCCUACGCAUACGGAUACGAUGUCGGUUCGCUGGACGCCCAGAACCGCCCCGUCAAUUUCGGCCACGUGGAAAACAGCGCGGCCGACGGAACCACCUCCGGCCGCUACUACGUCAGGCUCCCAGACACGCGGCUCAUGAUCGUCGACUACGUCAGCGACAGCAGAGGCUUCCACCCUACUUACACUUUCCAGGGCCAGGCGGUGCAGCCGCAGCCCGCCCAACCUCCAGCCGGGGGCCAGAGUGUCGCCUCCGCGCCCAACAGAUUGUACAUCGCGCCGGCUCGGGCUGGCUCUCCUGCCCCACAGAUUGCUCCUGCACCAGCUCCAGCUCGACGACAGCCUGCUCCAGCAGCGUCAGCACAGGCACCUCAACCUUCACCUGCUUCCCUUAGGUUUCCAACUGCAUCUCUUGCUUCUGCAAUUCCAACACAGGCUCCCCAGCCUGCUCCCCUCCCUGCUCCGGCACAAAGCCCUUCGCCCGCAGUUCUCUCGCCUGUCCCGCAAGCCAGUCCUGCCCUCGCUCCUGUGGGACGCCAGCCUGCUCCUCCUGCUCCUCCUGCUCCACAGCUCGCUUCUGCUCUCCCCGCCCAAGUCCGGCAGUUCUUCUUUGCCCCCGCUGUAAGCCAGCCCGUGUUGCCUGCCCCUGUGCAGGCCCCACAGCCCUCCCCCGCUCCAGUUAGAAGCCAGUCGGCAGUCCCUUCCCCUGCGCCGGCUCCCCAGCCUUCCACGGUCCUUGCUAGGACUCAACCUGCCUCCCCUGCCCCUCUACAGCUUGCUCCUGCAGCGCCUCAACCUGCUGCUGCCCCUGCUCCUGCUAGAAGCCAGCUAGUCUUCUCUGCUCCUGCUGCCGCUGCCCCUGCUGCUGCCCCUGCUCCUGCUAGAAGCCAACCAGUCUUCUCUGCUCCUGCUGCCCCUGCUCCUGCUAGAAGCCAGCCAGUCUUCUCUGCUCCUGCUGCCGCUGCCCCUGCUCCUGCUGCUGCCCCUGCUGCUGCCCCUGCUGCUGCUAGAAGCCAACCAGUCUUCUCUGCUCCUGCUGCCGCUGCCCCUGCUGCUGUCCCUGCUCCUGCUAGAAGCCAACCAGUCUUCUCUGCUCUUGCUGCCCUUGCUAGAAUCCAGCCUGCAUUCUCUGCUCCUGCUGCUGCCCCUGCUCCUGCUAGAAUCCAGCCUGCAUUCUCUGCUCCUGCUAGAAUCCAGCCCGCAUUCUCUGCUCCUGCCGCUGCCCCUGCUGCUGCCCCUGCUCCUGCUAGAAGCCAGCCAGUCUUCUCCGCUCCCGCAGCAUCCCCCCAGCCGUCUCCUGCCCCAUCAGCUCGUGCGUCCGCUCCUCCAGCCGCCGCGCCCCUGCCCGCCAGAGCCCCGCCAGCCCCUCCCGCCUCCGGCCCCCUUCUUCAGACUGCGCCCUCGCCUUCGCCUGCGUCGCCAGUACCCCAGCUUUUCUUCCUGCUACGCCCUCGCCUUCGCCUGCGUCGCCAGUACCCCAGCUUUUCUUCCUGCUACAGAAUCCUCAGUCUCUCCUUGCAGCCACGCCCUUCCAAGCGGUUUCCCCGUCCUCAGCAGGUCCUCAACCUUCCUCUGCUCCUGCUGGAAGCCAGGUUGCCUCUCCUGCUGCCGCUAGUAGUCCAGUGCAGCAAGCUUCCGCAGUUCCUCGUCAGGCGGCGCAGACGCAAGCUGCCAACCCAGUGUUCCUUAUUGCACAGGUUCCCCAGCCUUCCCCUGUUUCUGCCGGAGCUUAGUCACAGCCCUCGGCCCUUCAGUCACUGUCCCAGGUCCCCAUCCUUAACUCACUGUCCUCAACCUUCGGCCCUUAAGUCACUGUCUUAA